AGCUCCUGGGGGAAUACUUCUCCCCCUGUGGCUGACUCCCUGCACUCUGCCAAGAUGUCAGCCGGGGACAAGAACGGGGGCAGCCGCUCCAGCAGCAGCCGCCUGCAGAGCAAGAAGCCGCCCAACCUCUCCAUUGUCAUCCCGCCCCGGGAGGCCGAGGAGGAGCUGCCAGGUGCCAGCCUGUCCCUGAUGCCCUGCUCUGCCUUCCAGCCCUCCAAGGUGCCCAUCUACCGCAAGAGCAAGAGCCUGCAGGAGCCUCGCCCGGAGCGCCAGCCCGGCUUCCGCCGGCAGACGUCCCUGUCCCAGAGCAUCCGCAAGGGCACGGCGCAGUGGUUCGGCGUCAGCAGCGACUGGGAGGGGAAGCGGCAGCAGUGGCAGCGCAAGAGCCUGCAGCACUGCAGCAUGAGGUAUGGCAAGCUGAAGCCUGCCUAUCGCGACAUGGAGCUGCCCAGCCAGGAGGUGCCCUCCUUCCAAGCCACCGAGUCGCCCAAGCCCACCAAGAUGCCCAAGAUCGUGGACCCGCUGGCCAGGGGCCGUCCCUUCCGCCAUCCCGACGAGACCGACCGUCCCCACACGCCCCACCACGUCCUGCCCCCGCUCACCCCCGGCGUCGUCUCCUUGGCGUCCUUCAACAGCAUCCGCUCGGGCUACGGCCGCCUGCCGCGCAGGAAGAGGGAGUCUGUGGCCCACAUGAGCUUCAAGGCAGCUGCAGCCCUCCUCCGUGGGCGCUCUGUCCUGGAGCCACUGGCUCCCAAGAGAAGGAGCAAGAGGAGCUUCCUGUACCCCAGCUUCAUGGACGAGGACAUGGUGGAUGCUGCUGAUACCCUGGACUCGUCCUUCUUCAGUAAGAUGGACAUGCAUGAUGAGACGUACUCCAUGCCCGAUGACGUCUUUGAGUCACCUCCUCUAUCAGCCACGUACUUGCGCAUGCACCAGGUGGCAGAGGAUGCCAGGGUGUCCCCUGAGGGUGUCCGGCUGGCCUCGGUGUCGGGCAGCGCGGGCCCGGCGCCGCGGCGGGGCAGGCGCAUCGCCUCCAAAGUGAAGCACUUCGCCUUCGACCGCAAGAAGCGCUACUACGGGCUGGGCGUGGUGGGCAAGUGGCUGAACAGGACCUACCGGCGCAGCCUGAGCAGCAUCGUGCAGUCCCAGCUGGAGAUCACCGACAGCCACCGGCCGUAUUUCACAUACUGGAUCACCUUUGUGCACAUUCUCAUCACCCUGCUGGUCAUCGGCACCUACGGCAUUGCCCCCAUUGGCUUCGCCCAGCAUGUGACGACAGAGUUAGUGCUGAGGAACAAGGGUGUCUACGAGAGUGUCAAGUACAUCCAGCAGGAAAACUUCUGGAUUGGACCCAGCUCGAUCGACCUGAUCCACCUGGGAGCCAAGUUCUCCCCCUGCAUCCGGAAGGACCGGCAGGUGGAGCGGCUCAUCCAGCGCGAGCGGGACCGGGAGCGGGGCUCCGGCUGCUGCGUGCAGAACGACAACUCAGGCUGCAUCCAGACCCUGCCACAGGACUGCUCCGAGACUCUGGCAACGUUCAUCAAGUGGCCGGGCAGCAACGCGCCAGCCGUGGGCUCGGGGGAGAAGCGGACCUCGGGGGCUGUGUGUCACCAGGACCCCAGGACAUGUGAGGAGCCUGCAUCCAACCCACCCCAUGUGUGGCCGGACGACAUCACCAAGUGGCCGAUCUGCACCUACGAGACCAAAACCAACCACACGGGCUUCGCCCACCUGGACUGCGAGAUCAAGGGCAGGCCCUGCUGCAUCGGCACCAAGGGCAGCUGCGAGAUCACCACGCGGGAGUACUGCGACUUCAUGCACGGCUACUUCCACGAGGAGGCAACGCUCUGCUCGCAGGUGCACUGCCUGGAUGAGGUCUGUGGGCUCCUGCCCUUCCUGAACCCGGAGGUCCCUGACCAGUUCUACCGCCUGUGGCUGUCCCUGUUCCUGCAUGCCGGCAUCAUCCACUGCCUGGUGUCGGUGACGUUCCAGAUGACGGUGCUGCGGGACCUGGAGAAGCUGGCAGGCUGGCAUCGCAUCUCCAUCAUCUUCAUCCUCAGUGGCAUCACGGGCAACCUGGCCAGCGCCAUCUUCCUACCCUACCGAGCAGAGGUGGGCCCUGCCGGCUCCCAGUUCGGCUUGCUGGCCUGCCUCUUCGUGGAGCUCUUCCAAAGCUGGCAAGUGCUGGAGAAACCCUGGAAAGCCUUCCUCAACCUCUUCGGCAUCGUCCUCUUCCUCUUCAUCUGUGGCCUAUUGCCCUGGAUCGACAACAUCGCUCACCUCUUCGGCUUCCUCAGCGGGCUCCUGCUGUCCUUCGCCUUCCUGCCCUACAUCACCUUCGGCACGGUGGACAAGUACCGCAAGCGGGCCAUGAUCAUCGUGUCCCUGCUGGUCUUCGUGGGGCUCUUCGCCUCGCUGGUGGUGUGGCUCUACGUGUACCCCGUGAACUGGCGCUGGGUGGAGUACCUCACCUGCCUGCCCUUCACCAGCAAGUUCUGCGAGAAGUACGAGCUGGAGCAGGUCCUGCACUGACCCUGCCGGCAGGGACGGGGCCGGCACCGGCGAUGUUUUCCACGGGGUGGGCUCUCCCCAGCCUGUGGCAGAU